GAAUACAAACAAGAUCACAAGACAUCAGAACUAAAGAGAAAAUCACUUCAAUUUGAUCUCUAUAGCACUUAUUGUAAAGAGAAGUGCUUUUAGAAAUUUCAAGAAAAGAGACAAAAAUGAACUCUUGGGUUCGCCUUUUCAUAGUAUUGGCAGCUUGCCUUUUUCCUCUUGUCGUUGAAUGCAGGAUUCGACAUUACAAGUUCAAUGUGGUAAUGAAGAAUACGACUCGCCUUUGUUCAUCAAAGCCCAUUGUUACUGUCAAUGGAAAAUUUCCAGGACCUACAAUCUAUGCUCGGGAAGAAGACACAGUGCUUGUCAAAGUUGUUAACCAUGUCAAGUAUAAUCUCUCUAUCCAUUGGUAAGUCAUCUAAUAUCUACCGGUUUAACUUU